CUGGCUUUAUUCCAAUAUGGCUGCUCCUAUAAUACCGGCAUUUCAGUCUGUCGAAAAGCAGGUGGCAGAUAAGAUGCUUUACUACCUCUCGGACGAGGUACUAUCGUACGACAUACAGAUCGUCGAGGCGAUUACCAGCAAUGAGGGGAAUUGGAUUCCCUUGGAAAUCUUCACUCAAUCUCGUCUAAGAAUAACAAAAGACGACGCUGUGGUCGCCAACGCUGUCCGAACAUUCGCCAAAGAACUGGAGGUUAGUGAAGAUGGAAAAAUGGUUCGACGACGAAUUCCUCUACCCGACUAUGCAGAGAUCGACACAAGAACCGUCUACAUUGAGCGUUUACCACCUCGAGCAACAGAGCGACACAUUACGGAUCUUUUUUACCCCUUUGGUCGCGUCCAAAGGGUUAUUUUUUCAAAAAUGUACGGAGAUGAGUCAAAGCAUGCAGGUUUCGCCUUUGCGAUCUUUGAGAAAGCGUCGGACGCGGCUCGGGCGGUGGACGCUAUAGGAGGAAGAUUCCGGAAAAUGCUUCCUGACGUGGAUCUCAAGUCGUUUACUGAAGAAGAAGUCAACCUGGGGGGUUUAGGGGAGGUGAGAGUUAUGUCCAAGACUCAAUGGAGAGCCCUUACGAAUGAGUAUGCGGCACUUCUGAAGAGAAGAAAAGAGGAACUAUUUAACGUCAUCCAGGGCCAAAUGGGUACACACGAAAAGGCUGAAUAUCAAAGUAGGAUAGUGGCCAAGUUCUCGGGAGCACACAAGAGCACAACACCGAAAGUGCUGAAGCGCUUGUUUGAAAUGAUUGCUCCCGUAUCCUUCAUAGAUUUGAAUCGAAAUCAGGGUUCCGGCCAUGUUCGUUUCAAAACAUCGCAUGGUGCACGACUUGCUUUCGUGUUUUUCUCAAGAGAAUAUAUUGCCCAGACACAUAAGGACGACCUUGGAACCUUACUGCCGCGCCAGACAAAGAAAAAUAACCAGGAGAAGAGACAGCAGGCUGCAACGGAAGCCAGCGAAUGGGGUGAAUGGGAUGACGAGGCGAUGGAGGAAAUGGUUUCGGAGAAUGCAGAUGAAGCCCGUGAAAAAGAAGAUGAAGAGAAACCACCCAAGUGGCCAAAUAUUCAGCUUGAGAUACUGACAGGUCAAGCCGAAGUCGCCUAUUGGAAUCUGAUAUCACAACGGCAGCAACAAAAGGAAUGGCACCAAAGACAUGAAAAGACUGGAGAUACUACCCCACACUCAACAUCGGACGGGAUAGCAAAGACCCACGCACCAGCAGUUGCGCGGCGGCAUGUCAAGUUCGCGAGGAGCGAUGACGAGGACGAGUCUGAGGAGCGCAAUUUGGAGACAAGUACUGCCACACACACGCCCACUACACAUCUAAGAUUUGCAGAUAGCGAUGAGGAAGAUAAUCCAAAAGAUGCUAGCGGAAAAGUAGAGGAGGAACUCGGUGCAAGAGGGGAGAAACGGAAAUUGGAUGAAGCGGACGGGCUGAUGGCAGGUAUUGAGUUAAUAGAUGCAAACAAAAGACCACGGCAGAACAAGUAGUGUAGAAUCUUGUAUAUUGUUGAUCUCUCACGCACGUAUGUGAAUACUUUUUUUUGAAUGCAUUAUAAACCAAAGAGAAGAAAACGCA